AUCCCGCAUUAUAGAAAAUCAAUUUUCAUAAUUAUAUCCAUGUUUAUUACGGAUUGAAUGUGGAGUUUUGCUCUUCGAAAAACCAAGUGUUACAUUAACAAUUUUAACAGUCAUGAACACAACAGCCCCGACGUCGGCGGAUGCGUGCCUCAGCAUCGUUCACUCUUUGAUGUGCCACCGGCAAGGUGGUGAGAGUGAGGGGUUCUCCAAGCGCGCCAUAGAGUCCUUGGUAAAGAAGUUGAAGGAGAAACGCGAUGAGCUGGACUCUUUGAUAACUGCUAUCACGACAAAUGGCGCGCAUCCCAGUAAAUGCGUCACUAUUCAGCGGACAUUGGACGGGAGGUUGCAAGUGGCAGGCCGCAAAGGUUUCCCACAUGUGAUCUAUGCGCGCAUUUGGCGCUGGCCGGAUCUUCACAAGAACGAACUCAAGCAUGUCAAAUUCUGCCAGUUCGCGUUCGACUUGAAGUGCGACUCCGUCUGCGUCAACCCUUAUCACUACGAGAGGGUUGUCUCGCCAGGGAUUGAUCUCUCUGGGCUCACGCUGCAAUCAGGGUCUAGCAGACUUGUCAAAGACGAAUAUACUGCCGGGAUCAGUGGCAAUGGCAUGGAAAUGGACACAGGCGAGAUGGUCACUAUUCAGCAUCACGCCACUAGUCCGCGUCAUCACCACUCCACCAUACCUCACCACCACCAACAAUUCCAACCCACAAACAUUAUCAUCAAUCAGGCCCAAACGCCGGAAGGCGUUUCGAACAUGUUUUCGCCGACACAUGGACCACGGGCUCCCAUAAGGCCGCCGGGAGCCCAGUCGCAAAUGGGGCAUUCGCCUGCUGGACCACAAUUGAUGACUAAUCACCCUGCCGGCAAUCAUAUGUCAGGCACAUCACAGACGGGCCCUGGUACGCCACUAAUGGGACCCGGUACACCACAGAUUGGUCCAGGUACACCUCAAAUGGGUCCGGCUACGCCUCAGAUGGGUCCGGGUACGCCUCAGAUGGGUCCGGGUACACCUCAGAUGGGUCCAGGUACACCACAAAUGGGACCAGGUACUCCUCAGAUGGUUCCGGGUACGCCACAGAUGGGAACAAGCGUGCCGCAGAUGGCUUCGCCACGUAUGGCCUCAGCGCCAAAUCAGAUGUCACCGGGGACGCCCCAGAUGCCAACUAUAACUCAAGGGAUGCCGAUGUCGUCUCCGCAGCAACUGGCGAUGGCCCAGCAAAGAGCUAUAGCACCUAAACUAGAGCCUCCAGAUACAAUGGACGCGCGAGCGAUGUGGCUGCCUAAAAGAAUGAACCAUUCUGCAAUGCCUGUGAAUAUGUCGCCGGGUGGUACGACACCGCUCAUAGAUAGUAACAACUCCACUUUCUUCACAACAGAGCAGACUGCCACUGACACACAAAUGACGCAAACUAUGCCAACCGGUACAAUCUGUGGGUCCCCACAGCCAGGCGAUACAACCCAACAGAAUGGUUUUGCCGCCACGAGUCCCGCGCCGCAGCCUAGUCCACGCACCCAGCACCAACAAGGAACAUGGACUGGUAACAAUACAUUGACAUACACACAAAGCUUGGCGCCACCACCCGCCGCGCCCCCGGUUUCUGUCGACGCUCCUUCCCACCAUCAUCAUUACUAUAACGGCAACCCUGGAGGACUUCUGUCAAGCCAACCGGCGCCGGAGUACUGGUGCUCGGUGGCCUAUUUCGAGCUGGACACUCAAGUCGGCGAGACCUUCAAAGUACCAUCCAGCCGACCUAAUGUCACAGUGGACGGCUAUGUGGAUCCUUCGGGUGGUAACAGAUUCUGCCUCGGCGCCUUGAGCAACGUGCACAGAACUGAACAGAGCGAACGUGCGAGGCUCCACAUCGGCAAAGGCGUGCAACUAGACCUCCGUGGUGAGGGCGACGUGUGGUUGCGUUGUCUUUCGGACCACUCAGUCUUCGUGCAGUCAUACUAUUUGGACCGUGAAGCUGGACGUGCGCCUGGCGACGCCGUCCACAAGAUCUAUCCCUCAGCUUGCAUAAAGGUGUUUGAUCUGCGGCAGUGCCACCGUCAGAUGCAGACACAGGCGGUAACGGCGCAGGCAGCAGCUGCGGCGCAGGCCGCCGCCGUCGCUGGCCACAUCCAACCCGCGCAUCCCACCGUCAACAAGUGUUUGACAGCAGCAGCGGGCAUUGGGGUGGACGACCUUCGCCGGCUGUGCAUUGUGCGGCUGUCAUUCGUCAAAGGCUGGGGCCCCGACUACCCGCGCACCUCCAUCAAAGAGACGCCUUGCUGGGUCGAGGUGCAUCUCCACAGGGCACUUCAGCUGCUGGACGAGGUCCUGCACACAAUGCCAAUCGACGGUCCACGGACGAACAUCGAGUAGGAAUUGAUCGGCUUCUUUUGAGGCCUUCGAGCGACGCCCGCAUCGCCCCAAUAAGAGACUGUGCGUGCGACUUAUUUUGUACAAUAAGGGAAAUGUUUGAGUUUAUUAUAUUUAC